AUGACUUCUGGCACCCAAGCUUUGAUCGACGGACAAAACAAAGAUGCUCCAGUCGAUGUUGGAACCGUUGGAGGUGAUGCUCAUGGAAAUGGGUUAAGUGAGUCGACGCCCCAAUUUGGGAGUGGUCAGCCACUUACAAACCCUUCAAUGCCUGGCGCUUAUCUGAAAGAUGAUGCACCCGUUGUCCCACCAGGGAACACUGAUUCAACCAUUAUGGAUCGGUGGACCCAGUCAGACUUUCUGUGCAAGGGCUGGAUUCUAAGCCGCUUGAUAGACCCAUUGUACAAUGUGUACUGUGAGGCGAAAACCUCCAAGCAACUUUGGUUGGCCUUGGAGAAGAAGUAUAAGUCCGAGGAUGCUGGCUGUCAGAAAUACGCUACGGCGAAAUUUCUCAACUUCAAAAUGGUGGAUUCAAAACCCAUCAUGGAACAAGUUGAAGCCUUGCAAUUGAUUACGCAUGAGAUAGCGCUGAGGCUGCGGGUUGAAUCCCGAAACCGCGAAGCCGAUGCUGUUUUCAUUCGUGCGAAUGAUGUGAACUUGGCUGAGCAAAAGAGAAAUGGGAAAGGACAAAUUCCUCCACACUCCUCCACAAGCUUCAAGAAGCAAGCUGAACCAAAGAAGUUCAAAUGGAAGUGCCACAAGUGUGGCAAGAUGGGCCACAAAGCUAAUGUUGCGUCAAAAGCUGGUCCAAGUGAAGACAAAGGGAAGUCUCAGGCUCACCUCACAGAAGAUGACUUGUGUGCUGUGGUCACUGAAGUCAACAAUGUUGAGGACAACCCAAGGGAGUGGUGGUAUGACACAGGUGCCACUAUCCACAUCUGCAAUGAUAGGGACAUGUUUAGUACCUAUCAGAAAUGCAACAAUGGAGAACGCCUAUUGAUGGGAAACACUGGUUCUUCCAAGAUUGAGGGUCAUGGCAAAGUGGUGCUGAAGAUGACCUCAGGAAAGGAGAUCACUCUCCAAAAUGUGAAGCAUGUGACAGACAUGAGAAAGAAUCUGAUUUCUGGUACUCUUAUGAGUAAGGCCGGAUUUGCUACCAAUUUCGAGUCUGACAAGCUUGUGCUCAAGAAACAUGGAGUUUAUUUGGGAAAGGGGUAUGUUAAGGAUGGACUUGUCAAAAUGUGUGUCAUGCCAGUCAUCCGAAACUGA